CGAGUCGGGGAGCACGUGUAGGAGAAGCGGCCCUGUCCACGUGUGGCGAGAUGGCAACUCGUGGAUGGCAGGGUGGCCGGGGAGGACGUGGGAGCUUCGGAGACCGGGGUGGUGGAGGUGGCGGCUACCGAGGGAGAGGAGGCGGCGGCGGUGGUUUUGGUGGACGAGGAGGAGGUGGAGGAUUCAGGGGGAGGGGUCGUGGAGGAUUCAACAACUAUGACCAGGGACCACCAGAGGAGGUUAUUGAAGUGGGACAUUAUAUGCACCCGUGUGAAGAUGACCUGGUCGUCAAGUGCACCACACACGAGAACAAGGUGCCCUACUUCAACGCCCCCAUCUACCUGGAGAACAAGGAGCAAGUGGGCAAGGUGGACGAGAUCUUCGGGCAGCUACGAGAUUUCUAUUUCUCCGUCAAACUCUCGCAGAACAUGAAGGCAAACUCCUUCAACAAGCUUCAGAAGCUCUUCAUCGAUCCGGCCAAGCUGCUGCCUCUGCAGCGCUUCCUCCCGCGACCGGGGGGCGAGCGCGGAGCGCGGGGAGGUGCCGGCGGUGGCCGAGGCUUCAGAGGCGGUCGGGGAGGAGGCCGAGGAGGAGGAGGCGGCUUCCGUGGGCGAGGCCGUGGCGGCGGAGGAGGCUUCCGUGGUGGCGGACGCGGUGGAUUCGGGGGCGGACGAGGCUUCCGGGGUGGAAGUCGAGGACGAUAAGCGGACCCACGCACAUCAGGGAGAGGUCGGGAGGGGUGAGGGGGGGGGAGCACAUCGCCGCCUCUGCUCCCGCCCGACUUCGUGGAAUGCAGCUUCUCCUCUUCGCUCUUUCCCCUCGUCGACCGUCGACCGCCACCGUUGGAUUUCAGCGAGUCCGUGCCGUGGCACCAUGGGGGGGAGUGUCUCUCGCUCCUCCGACUUCUUGUCGACGAGCGAACGAACGUUCACACGGGGGCCCGAGGUGGUUUUCUUUUUUACGUUUUGGGGUUGCCGCGAUCGUUUGACCCCCGUCCUGCCCCGCCCCAGAAACUGCCGCGCGCAUCUUAAAUUAAGUAUCGUGCCGCCGUGUAUAAAUAUUCUUGCUCAUCGCCGUUACAGAAUGCUCUCGUAUCCAUUUACUGCGAACUUUAAACCGACAAUAAUAAAAAUAAAUGUUUUGAACGUUUUGUUUGCCUUUAACAGUUCUGAACUUGUAAAUUAGAGCAUCCUUUUUCUGUUUGUAUAAUACUUUAGUGGCAGCGACCCGGAUGUGACAGCCGAACCGACUGAGUUCAGAUAAGCAGAGGGUUUCUUUGACGCACUAUGUCUGUGCUGCGUUCGUCCGUGCCUGAGCAGCUUUAGCGGGUGAUUUUUCCCAUCUUGUACCCGUGGUGCGAUUCACUGGUAGCAACAUACCUAUACCACCACCGCCGCCGUGUUGCAGUGCCCAUCAACCAGACUUUCAAUCCAGAGGUUGCCGCUUCGAUUCAAUCUCCCGGCACGGCAGUUUGAAACGAUUAGUGCGAGUUUAUUAAAAUCUGCACCCACCCCCCCAUCAAGAUCUGUCCACCCAACAGCAUAAAUGGAUACACCAUGUUUUGGUGGGGUAAAGUGUGGGUGUAUUACCUUCUCUUCCAAGACCUCUAGCCUGCGUGGAAGAGUAGGCCAAAAUAUAUCCUAUCCUGCCAGCAGAGGUAUCGGCUGCACCUUUACCAGCGUCUUAAGUCACCGAUUCUUAACUUUUUCUGCAGCCAGCACCCCUUUGGUUAAUACACACAGGUUUGAUCAAACUAAUUAGUUGUGCUUACGUGUUUGUAAUUAGUUUUUUUGAUUUGCCUUCUGAAAAAAUCUGGCCAGGUCUCGCACACCACCAGAAAGGGCAUCUCGCGCUCCCAGGGGGUGUUUGCACCCCAGGUUAAGAACCCCCACCACUGCGGCUUAGUGGUUCAAGUUCAUGUAUUAGGUAUAGCCCUGUGAGCCAUUCGGCUCUUGAAUCGGGUGCAACCGCAACAAACAAAAAACAAAAACAUGAACAAAAAAACAUCUUAAAGUGAAUAUGUGACUGAGUGCAAACAGAAAAUCCAAGAAAAGACAGCAAAAUAUUGCAGAAAAAACACCGUACACCAACGCUGUGUGCAAAAUUCCCAGUGGGAUGCAAGUCAAACAACAACAACCACAAGACAACUUAGAUUAAGGCCAUCAGUCUAACUCUGUACUACAACCAACAAACAUGGCAAAACCAAUACACUUUUCGAAUCACCAAAAUAAAGCCAUGAAAGCAAUGAAACAGUGAUCAUAGGAACUAUAACGGAAUUUUCAGUGGUGGGUGACCUGUGGCCCGCGGGCCGCGUGCGUCCCGUGGAGCCCUUUCUCGUGGUGCCUCUUGGUCUCGGUAUGUCGCUAGGGGGUGAUGUGUGGGGUCCCGAUUAGCACCCACGCACGAUGUCAGCCUUGCGGCCCCACCGAGGUGGUGAAGGAGCGAUGCUCGUGUGGCCCCCACCGACUCGUCUGGGUUGCCCCUCUAUGUUUUUAAGAGCUUAACCCCGUUCCCGAUGACGUACGUGCGUAUAUUUGGCACUCGCAUCGUACGUGUACGUCAUCGGUGUUUGCUUUUUCGAUGACGUUCGUUUACGUCAUUGGAACGAAAUCGGAAGUAAAAGGCCACGCGGGAAGGGGCGCGUGGCACAGAUUGGCGCCGGCUGUCGUAGAGUGGCGAUCCUGUCGCGGUUCUCUGCGGUGAGUGCAGCGUCUUGAAAAGCAGCAGCGCUAUGAUUCUCUAAAAUUAUCGCUCGCCAAUUGCACGCUCCGAGGUUCAGCGGUGAACGGGACACCCACGCUGCAACUUGCAGGCGUCUCAGAGCGGGAAAGGUUAAUUUGUUCCUGAGUAUGUGAGCAGGAUGGGUAUUCAGAGAGCUGGGCCCUGAUGGUCCGGCAUGUGCAGAUGUUUCUGCCGGUCAAAGCAAAUCGUAUCUUCGUUUCUUGGCACCAUUUUUCAAGAACAACGGUGCUGGAAAAAUCCAACUUUUUCAAGGUCCCCUCUUUCAUCCAUUGUAUUUCCAUGCCCCUCUCUCAAGGUGGCCGUGCAUCGUCUUCAGGUUUAAUUUUUUUUCGUUGGAAAGUGAAGACGGCGAAUGUUAUUUUAAUCUUUUGAAAUAAAAGAACCACAAAAGGC